UUGAUCUUUAGCUCUUACCCUUCCUUCUUCUCAACCGACUCAAUUGCUUUUCUUGACCUUCAACUUCUCUUCUCUAGCAAGCACACUCGAUUCACCCACAAGCAAUCCGUCCAACUACCAAUCACCUCAAAACAAACAUACACAACCAUCACUAUGUUCUCUGCUACUCGUGCCCUCCGACAGGCUGCUGUCCACACUGAGCGAACCCCUCUCAUCAAGUUCCUCGGACCCCGAACCAUUCCUUCCAACCUCGACCACACCCCCAAGCCUCACCCCGCCUCUGGCGCUGAGAAGCUCCCCGAGUCUUGGUCCGGCUACGGAAACGGCGAUGCCGCCGCUUCCCACAAGAACUUCAGCUCCUACCGCGACCACGUCCAGCAGCAUGGCCCUCUCCAGAAGUCUGGCUUCGGUGGCACCAGCGCUGCCUCCCUAGGCUCCGUCAACGCCCCCAAGGGUGUUGCCUUUGACCUUUCUGAGCUCCCUGCUCGCUUCCACCGUGCUCGCCUCAACGCUGCCGAGAUCGAGGCUAUCGAGUCUGGCGGCGCUGCUCUCUUCGGUUAAAUCUGUCUCCCGCCACAGGCGAGGAGUCAUAGGUGGAGCGGAGGGAUGAAUCAGAUGGGAUGAACGAAUACCUACAACGACACGCAGAUUAUGGCAAGAACCAGGACGAUACCGCCUGGGGCAUACAUCCUGCGCGGCGUAGUAUACGAGGACGCCAAGUGGUUGUGCACAGUGACAAACUAUUCACGGUGCAUUUCGGGAUGGGCACGCAAGCCUAUUUCAUCGACAUACAGUGCAGACAAGGACAGAGUCUCCGAACUGCAACUGCAACUCGUCCAGAAUACCACUUAGGGCACUACGAUACUAUGUCGUCAGGAGCGUCAUGAAACGAGGGGUUGGUCUAAGCACCAAGAAGAGGAGGAGAAUUGGGGAAAAGCAAAUAAGUCGGGUUUCCAAAGAAUACCCCCCGACUGCGGAGAACAUUGCGACCUCCGUGCUUGACCCAUCUACUGGCGUCAACGCCAUUUCUUUCUGUGUAGUUGGAUACUACCUGCGAAGCUUUAACAGCGAGCAAGGAGCACCGUGGCGUUGAACAAAGGAGUUGCUUUUGGUAGAAAUAUUGAUACCAAAAAAAAAGUUUAUACAAUUACAUUACAAAA